AUGUAUGCAUCGAAGGAACCAGUUUUGGGUGCACCAUCGAAAAAACUUGAUUCAAAAUUGCCACCGUUGAAACUGCCAACAUUCUCCGGAAAGUACACCGAGUGGAAUUCAUUCAAGGACCAGUUCAACGCCCUUGUGCAUGAUAAUUCACAACUAGCCGCUGUGUCCAAGAUGCAGUACCUGUUCGAUGCAUUGAUUGGUGAGCCUUUUGACGUUGUCAAACAUCUUCCAAUCACCAACACCAAUUAUGAGCCUGCAUGGCUACUGCUCACUACGCGAUAUGAAAAUAAAAGAGCAAUUUUCAUGGACACGAUGCAAAUGCUCCUCACAUUUCCACGCAGUAAACACGAAUCAGUUUUAGAGCUGCAAAAAUUGGCGACAGUAGUGAACGAUACAAUUCAAGGACUGAAAAACGUUGACAUAGUCGUAUCGGCAGUUGAUUCUGUGAUCGCAUACCUUGCCAUCGAAAAACUACCUUUGGAAACAAGAAAAGAAUUUGAGAGAGGGGCUGUACAAAAAGAAGAGCUGCCAACGGUCAGUGAUGUCACCCAGCGCAUUGAGCAAAGUUUGCGGACUUUGGAAUUGCUGAAAACCGAAGAAAAAUCUAAUCAGAGUAAGCCGAAUUCUGAAACGAAAAAAUCUGUGAAAUUGCUUCACAUGAAAACAAAGCCUACUCAAAUGACAAAGCCUGAAAAUCGAACUUCAUCGCCGAAGCAAACAAAUCCAAUGAAGUGUCCUUUAUGUUCUCUUGAACAUGCUGUUUAUUCGUGCCCAGAGUUCCUGGCCAAGUCUGCUCAAGAGAGAUCAGCCGAUGUCGUGCGAUUGAAGCUAUGUUUUAACUGUUUGUCCGACACUCAUGUCGUGAUCAAAUGUUUGAGUAAGCGCAACUGUAUGCAGUGUGGAAGUCGUCAUCAUACGUUGCUACAUCCACCAGUUCAAAAAACUUUGUUUAAUGAUGCCACAUCUCCUGAACCAAGCACAUCAAAGGGAAUUCAUACCUCGAAAGUGAACGAUUGCCCGGUAUUCAGAAGAACUCUUUUGGCAACAGCUCUAGUCAAGGCGCAUGCAUCAAAUGGUGAAACGUUUGUGCUACGUGCUCUCAUCGACCUAGGAGGAGAAGCCAAUGCAAUCAGCGAAAAUGCGUCUCAGCUUCUAAAACUCAACAAAACAAGAUGCAAAAUUGACGUGACACAUUUGGACAAUGCCCAAUCUUCCAGCAACGGCUAUGUUUCAUUCACUAUCAGCUCUCUUCAUUCAAAGUUCACAACCACCGUCGAUGCUCUAGUGAUGAAGUCACUCAUUCAACGACUGCCAUCCAAGCAGCUCCUUUAUGCGGAUUGGCCUCACAUACGAGGCAUUCAAUUAGCAGAUCCAAAAUUCAAUCACCAGAUUCCGGUCGACUUGGUGUUGAACUCUGAAGUUUAUGCUGAUAUCUUUCGUCCUGAGAUCCGGAGAGGUCCCAAAGGCACUCCAUUAGCCCAUGAUACUGAAUUGGGUUGGAUUCUGUUUGGAGCUACGUGUGAAGGAGAAAGACCUCAAACUUCUACCUCAAUUAACGUCUCACGCAUUGAUACCUUGCUACACAAAUUUUUUGAGACAGAAGAAGUUCCUGAAAGACGUCAGUUUACUGCGGACGAGCAGUUUUGUAUUGAUUACUUCAAGCAGCAUACUCGAAGAGCUGAUGAUGGUCGUUAUAUUAUCAAACUCCCAUUUCGCACUGAUCCAACGGCGUUUCUGGGCAAGUCACGUGACGCAGCGCUGAGACAGUUUCUUCAAUUUGAACGCCGCUUUGCCCGAAACGAAAAACUAAAACGAGCUUACCGAGAUGUGAUCCAUGGAUACUUGGACAGCGACCAUAUGGUUUUACUAUCAAACACCGAAAGCGAUUGUUUAGCCUUCAAUGAAAGUGGUUUGCCUGUGUACAAUUGUUUCUACCUUCCACACCAUGCUGUUAUCAACGAGCUCAGUUCAUCUACACCUGUUCGUGUUGUUUUCAACGCUUCAAAGCCAUCAACAAACGGAAAUUCGUUGAACGACAUUGUCUUUCCUGGACCAGCUCAAAAAUCUCAUCGCAAUUUUACUCAACUGGCGUUGUCAUCGAAUCGUUUUCAUGGGAGACAUUAA